AUGCAGCUCAGCCACUCUCGACGGACGCUGGACGUGUCCGUUUGUGCCGGCUGAUGCGGGCACGGUGCGACGUCGCACGACACGACGAUCAACAACUCCGACAUCGUCGUCUUCGGCACGAUACGAUGGGCAGAUCGAUACGAGAGGGCGUGCUCACUUUCAGCAGCGUCCUAACUACGUCGAUGCAUCGCUCGAGCGUCCUCGGUCGGACACGUGUUCGGUCACCCAAUCGCCUCGAUCGCCCCGUUCGCCCUCUCGCCACUCGACCGAUGGGUGUGGUGAGUACUUCACUCAGAUACUUUCCAGCUCACACCCAUCCGCUCACCUCAUGUUUGUCUAUGCUGCUCAUCACUCUAGUUGAGGUCGCGCGUUGGCCGACUCGCUGGCAUCCGAGCUUCGCCCCACACCGCUCUGUGACUUGUACGACCAUACUCUGCGAUCACAAUGCCACGUCCUCAUCAGUAACAUCAACAUGAUUGUCCCCCUUCCUGAGGCCUCGCAUCGAUGUACACAUCACUCGACCCACAUUGCCGCACUGUAGACCGGUGACGAUCACCUCCGCCACCCCCACAUCGUUCACUCGCGUCGUCAACGUCGACCGAUCGCUCGAGUGCAAUCACUCGCUGUCACAUCGGGUCUCUUCGAAGAGCCUCAUCGACGCGGGAAGCUCGGAAUCUUUUGGAACAUCUGUUGCUCGACUCGGCGACCAUUUGAUCGAUGCCCGUCCGACGCUUCGCACCCAUCAUCGACCCUCGGUCCGAUCGACCGAUCAACCGACCGAACUGACAAACCUCUUCCGCCCGAUCUCGCCCCCGUCCGUGCUCAUCCCAUCACCACGACAUGCGAAGUAA